AUGAGAAUGAGCUCGGAGGAUGAAAAAAAUGACGGUGUGUCGUCAGCGAAUGGCUAUGACGUCUUCAUGAGUUUUAGCGGAGUAGACACCAGACAAGGAUUCGCGGAUUGCUUUUACCACGUUAUGCGAGAAGCAAACAUCCAUGUUUUCCGCGAUGAGGAAGAGCUCCACGUCGGUAAAGAAAUAAGACAUAAUCUGCAGAGGGCCAUAGAAAAUUCAAAGAUCUAUGCACCCAUCUUUUCUGAAAAUUAUGCUUCCAGUUCGUCAUGCCUUCGCGAGCUCGCAUACAUGGUGAAGUGCAAGAAAUCCAAACCAUUCGAAAAGAUGAUUUUGCCGAUUUUCUAUAACGUGGAACCUCGCGAUGUUAUGCUUAAGUCUGAACUUUACACUAGCGCUUUGGCGAAGCAUGAAGAGAAGUUCGGUCGGCAGACAACAAGAGCGUGGGCGGAUGGCCUCAGAAGUGUUGCCCAGAUAAAAGGAAUGGAAGUGAAAAAGCAAGGGUACGCAGGUGUCCUAAAUCACUCCAUUAACUUUUGA